AUGCAUGCAAAAUUCGAUUCCAUUCAUAUGAUACGUGACAAACACACAUUGUCAACAAAAUCACUGCCCGAUCUAAACCAAAGACAAAUCAUUCAACAUUUUAAACAUUUUAAUCAGAUUAAUCAGAUUAAUCAGAACCAGUAUUUAUUCGUAAGAUUCUCAAAUCUAGUUGGGCUAGUAUCUUUUCUUAGUAUCUUUUUAAGAAUUAUUAGAAUGCAAAAUAGUGAUAAUAAAUUGCAUAAUGAUCACAACGAUGAUGAUGACGAUGAACAAUUUCUAUUUGAUAUGGCCGAAAUGUUGGUCGAACCACCGACUAAACGUGUGAUUUGUUCACAAUGCCAACGACCAGAACCAGUAUGUUUUUGUUCGGAUAUUGAUCCAAUAUUGCAAUUACAAAAUCAUCUAAUCAUUUUGCAACAUCCAAAUGAAUUAAAACGUUGUCUUCGUACGACGAAAAUUUUGGAACUAAGCAUUCCAAAUGAUAAUUAUCAUUUAUUUAAUGGAAAACGAUUUCCAAUGAAAAAAUUUCCCGAGUUGUUUGAUUUAAUUGAACAACGUGAAACCAUAUUGCUGUAUCCAUCACCUAUGGCUGAAUCAUUAGGUAUUGAAGGUAUCCAACCAAAUAAAAAUGAUGAUCAAUUCAUUGGAUUCAAUGCGAUCAUAUUGGAUGGUACAUGGCAUCAAGCACGUGUCUUAUAUAAUUGUAACCCAUUUCUACAUUCGUUACGUUGUAUUAAAUUAGAAUCGACAGGUCGAUCACAAUAUGUGAUACGUACACAACCAACUGAAGCGUGUUUGUCAACUGUUGAGGCUGCUGCAAUUCUUUUUUCCCGAUUAGAAAAUGAUCCAUCGAUUCAUGAUCGUUUAACACGACCAUUACGAGCCAUAUGUGAUUAUCAACUGAAUAUGGGAGCUGUCAAACACCAAAGCAAAGAGUAUCUCAUCACUAAUGGUCUGUAUCAAAGACCAUUGAAUCGACGUUUAAAGAAAAAAGUUGAUCAACAAAUUGUCAAUAAUAAUCCAAUUUCGGAUCUAAAAAAUCUUGUUCACUUGUUAUGAAGAAAAAUUCAUCCACAAUUCAUUAUUUUCUUAAUGGUUGUCAUUAUUAUUACAAUUAUUUAAUUAGAAUUGACCACCCGACUGAAUUAUGUACACAGAUGUUUCUUUGUUUCACACUCACACACCCACACACACACUGAUUUCACAAUCACCAAUUUUUUCGUUCUAACAAUCGAUUUAUAUCUUCAACAAUUGUGGCUUUCAUUUCCAA